AUGAACAUCAAUCAAAGUUUUGCAGCCCUAACCCUGACCAAGCAGGGAGGUCUCGGGACCUUCCGUAAGCUACCCCCUGAACUUCGAAUCAUGGUUUGGAAAGAACUCUUCAAGUCUAUCGAACAGCUCCAAGGACCCCGGUCAGAUCCUACUCCCGGUAGUAACGAAAGCAUCAUCAGCAUCAUGGCAUGCAGCCAGGAUCUGUAUGAGGAAGUCGGUGAACUCCUGUUUAACAAUUUCAAUCACGAGAUUGAAAUUCCGACUGCGUCAGAUGGCCCUGCGUGGUUCAUCAACCUAUCAGCUCGUUAUCUCAAGUCUCAACAGAAUAAGAUGGGCCAUUCCGAAUGA